GUCUGAGGUACGCAGAUAGUGACGUGAAUGUCGGACUGUGGAGAAUGCUCGAGUUAUUUCUCUGGUACCGCAAAUUGGUGCUAUUCCGUGUGGGAGGUGCCGGAAACAAUUCCUACCAUGAACUUACACAACGCCUGGGGCUGGAGGGAGACAUAUCUGAGGCUGACUUGCAACAGAGGCUGGAGGAGAUUAAAGAAUAUUUAAAAAAAGAAAUUAGAAAAGAAAUGAAGAUCAAGGAAGGAGCUGAGAAGCUAAGAGAAGCAUCCACAGAUAAAAAGACCCUCCAGAAUGUAAGUAGCAUUGUCAAGAAGGCCAACACCAAACUUCAAGAGCUGCACCAGGAACUGCAGGAACUCAACGCUUACCUGCUGGUCACAAACACAGGUGCACUAGAUGCAGGAUCUGAACAUGCUGAUGGCAUCAAAUCUCCAGAGAAGGGGGAUAAUCAGCUUGAUCAGAAUGUCAAUCCACGGCUCAAGUCUUUACAGAAACAGAUGGAUAUAGAGCUCAAGGUGAAGAAUGGGGCAGAGAACAUGAUAACAAUGUACAGUACAGGCUCAUCCAGAGACAAAAAAAUGUUAGCUGAAGCCCAGCAAAUGUUAAGUGAUGCCAAAACCAAGAUUGAGAUUAUUCGUAUGCAGAUGCUCAAGGUGGACAGCGCUGAAGUCAACAGUAGAGAUGGCAAGGCUAGUGAAAUUCUAUCCCCACUAGACCUGAGGUUAGAGGAACUUCGACACCACAUCAAAAUAGAGUCUGCUGUAGCAGAAGGUGCCAAAAAUGUUAUUAGAACUUUACAAAACUCCAAAUCUGAAGAUAAAAAAGCGUUACGAGAGGCUCAAACAAGACUAGGGGAUUCAAGUAUGAAAUUAGAUUUGAUGAGAAUGUCUCUUGAAGAAAGACUGAGUGAAAUGGAACCAACCUCUAGUAAAGCUGUAUUGCUCAAAGAAGAAUUAAGUGAACUACUCAACUCAACCUAUGUCACACAGAACAGAUUUACCACCAACACACAACGUAGAAAUUCCAAUUAUUUUAGCAAGCCUGCAGCAUUAACAGGGAAACUGGAAGUCAGGUUGGUUGGUGUUCAGGGUCUUCUAGAAGACAUCCCAGCAAGGCGGAAAGACAAUCUCCAGCUUUUGAUGUCCAGUCCUGGAGAGAGUCGGAGUUUGUUGAGGCGAGGGAGCAGCAAAAUGUAUAAUAUUAAAGAUGAAAUCACAAAUGAAGUUAUGUGUUGUCUAAAGCUAGACAGCCAACAAGUGUCCCAAACUUCUUGGAAACCCUGCAGUCAGCAGUGUUGGGACCAUAGGAGCUCUAUAGACCUUGACAGGUCAAGGGAAUUAGAGAUAGCAAUAUACUGGCGAGAUUGGAGACAGAUGUGUGCUGUCAAGUUUUUAAGGCUUGAAGACUUUCUAGACAACCAAAGGCACGGCAUUACAUUACACAUGGAACCUCAAGGGAUUCUCUUUUGUGAGAUCACUUUCCUGAACCCAACAUUAUCUAGGAAACCAAAGCUACAAAGACAAAGAAAAAUAUUUCCAAAACACAAGGGCAAGAACUUCCUACGGCCCAAUGAAAUGAACAUCAAUGUUGCAACAUGGGGUCGGCUUAUGAAGAGGUCCUUGCCUGCUAAUUGCUCAGACUUGAAUGAAUCACGAAAUCAUCAACAAGAACCAACACCUACUUCCCCAGGCAUAAUGUCCCAGGACCGAGGCCCGCCCAUCUCCCAGAUCAGCUUUGAGCCACCUGAAACAACAAAGAGAGCCAGAGAAACAAAAACAAAAGAGGAGACAGAUCAAGAUGCCAGGAGAGAUAACUUAGUGGCAGAAUUGCCAGCCCCACUCCACCACUCCCACUCAUACUCAUCCCAUCAGAAGAGAACACAUUCGAAUGAGAGAGAAGAUGUCCAGCAAGCACUUUCAAAUUUUGAUUUUCUGGGAGAAUCAACCCCUAACACAUCUUCAGGAGAACUUGAUACAUCAAAUAUACAGUCACCAGAGGUGCCGCACCAGCGUAGACGCACCCCCACCCCUCCACUUCCUCCCACACUUCCACCACCCGCCCCUUCAUUCCUUCCACCAGCUAUUCCAGAGAAAAGACCAGUACCACCAAUACCCCAGUUGGUAAAAGAACCAGAAUUUACAGGGCAGAAAAUGAAAAUGGAUGAUUUCCGUCCAAUCAGUGUACUAGGUAGAGGCCAUUUUGGCAAAGUUUUAUUAUCUCAAUUUAAAAAAACUGGAGAAUAUUAUGCUAUCAAAGCUUUAAAGAAAGGGGACAUAAUUGCAAGAGAUGAAGUGGAGAGCUUAAUGUCAGAGAAACGUAUUUUUGAAGUUAUAAACACCAUGAGGCAUCCAUUCUUAGUCAAUUUAUUUGCAUGUUUUCAAACCUCGGAACAUGUAUGUUUUGUGAUGGAGUACGCUUGUGGUGGGGACCUGAUGAUGCAUAUUCACAAUGAUGUGUUCACUGAGCCACGCACUGUGUUUUACGCUGGCUGUGUGGUUCUGGGCUUACAGUACCUGCAUGAGAACAAAAUUGUUUACAGAGAUUUAAAGUUAGACAACUUGCUGUUAGACUCUGAGGGUUAUCUUAAAAUGGCUGACUUUGGUCUGUGUAAAGAAGGCAUGGGAUUUCAAGACCGCACCAGCACGUUCUGUGGGACACCUGAGUUCUUGGCGCCAGAAGUUUUAACAGAGACAUCCUACUCCAGGGCUGUGGACUGGUGGGGGCUUGGUGUUCUCAUCUAUGAAAUGUUGGUUGGAGAGUCUCCAUUCCCUGGUGAUGAUGAAGAAGAAGUGUUUGACAGCAUAGUUAAUGAGGAGGUUCGCUACCCAAGGUUUCUUUCAACAGAAUCAAUUGCUAUUAUGAGGAGGCUGCUGCGCAGAAAUCCUGAUCGUCGCCUUGGCUCUAGUGAAAGAGAUGCUGAAGAUGUGAAGAAGCAGGCAUUUUUCAGGAAUGUCAACUGGAAUGAUCUCCUAACCAAGAAAGUCAAGCCACCAUUCACUCCCACAGUUAAAAACAUGGAGGAUGUCAGCAACUUUGAUGAAGAGUUCACAUCUGAACGUGCUGUACUGACCCCACCAAAAGACAGGCGACCUUUGAACUCAGCUGACCAGAAGCUAUUCAGAGACUUUGACUAUGUUGCGGAGUGGUGCUGAGAAAGCCAGUUGACAUUUGUAUCUCUCCUCGCACACAUUUAUAUCAGCAUUGAAAUGUAUAUCUUGGUACUUUCUGCAUGGGUCUCUCUUUCUCUACUAAAUUUCCAUAAUAGUAUUUUUUUUCAUGUUUUUAUUUUUUUUCCCCUCGCAAAUUUGAUUGUAUGUCCUUGAUGAAGUUUUUGUUAGUCUUUAACAUUUCUUGGUGGGGGAAAAUAAUUUCUAAACCCCCAUCAACCUCAUUCACUCUCCAUAACAUUCAGGAAUGUGUGUAGUUGUUUCAAGGAUUUAUUGUUAACUUUUGGUUUUAGACUGUACACUGUUAUUUUUUGUUAACUUUCUACUCUUUGUAAGCUCUCAAAUGUUUUUACCUGGUGGAAUGGUACAUUUCAUUCCACAUAGCAAAAGUCUGAUUUUAUGUUAAAUGUUUGGUUUUUUUUUUAAAAUCAUUCCUACACUAGUUAAUGUUUAAUCUGAUCUUUAGUUUCUUGUGGCUUUUGGUCCUAUGCAGCUGGGAAUCAAGUUGUGUAACUCUUUCUUCUUGUAGUCAUUCAAUGAAAUAAAAACUUUUUACUAAUUAUAAGAUGUGGUUUCUACCAUAGUUACCAUGUUGACUUGACACUUAGUGAUGAAAUAUUUGACAUUUAGUGAUGAAAUACUUGACAUUUAGCUGUGAAUUAUUUGACAUUUAGCUGUGAAUUAUUCGACAUUUAGUGGUGGAUUAUUCGACAUAGCCAUUGUAUUAAUUUUAUAUAUUUAAUAAUGGUAUAUCUAAUAUUUACUGAUGGCAUAUCUGUUAUCUAAGUGAGGGAAUGUAAAAAGCUGGUGUAAAGAAAACAUAGGUAUGGAAGCCAGAAUUUCAGUCAAUGUAUUGGCACCCGAAGACAGCAUUAUCAUUUGCUUCAUCUGAUGAGAUAAAUAAUUCACUAACAGGUUGCUUGAUGUUAUUGUUUAGAGCAUUUUUUAAAAUAAAAAAUUGUGGGCCACUACUUUGUCAGUUAAGAGCUGGAAAGUGCAGAGCUAUUUCCCUGUUAGAGGCUAGUACAGAUUUAUGACAUGACUAAAAAAAGUGCAGUUAUCUCCCUGUUAGAGGCUAGUACAGAUUUAUGACAUGACUAAAAAAAAGUGCAGAGUUAGCUCCCUGUUAGAGGCUAGUACAGAUGAAUGACAUGACUAAAAAAAGUGCAGAGUUAGCUCCCUGUUAGAGGCUAGUACAGAUUUAUGACAUGACUAAAAAAAAGUGCAGAGUUAGCUCCCUGUUAGAGGCUAGUACAGAUGAAUGACAUGACGGCUGUAAAUGAUGUGUCUGACAUGACAGAUGCCACGUGUGUUCUGUGUAGGGCAUUUAAAACUUAACCUGUUGUCUCCAGCACUUGUGGGCUGGUGUCAGUACUUCUCUGUUUAGAUAGGCAAAGUCUACUUGGUGACUUCUACAUUUAGCUCAGCAUUGAUGUGGCUAUUUCCCUUUCUGUAGCAGGCUAUAAACCUUUUGUAUUUUACACAGAAUGGGUUAUGAAACACCAGCCUGCUAUUAUUGCAUUAUACUUAGACAAGUCUCUUGUUGGCCCUAAUAACAAAUUUGUACUAGUUCAGUUUUAAUACAGAGUGACUGGACUUGGAAAUGUUGAGUACUUAUUUAUUUAUAUUUCAUCUUUCAUCAUCUAGGAACAAUUCUUUAAGACACAAAUUCAAAGGUGUGGGGGAUUAGAUGUACAUAGGUGUGAAUAUAGGUGUACAUACCUUCAUCUGACAUUCUACCUGAGAUAUUAUGCUCACCUGUGCUACACUGGCUGUAAGAAAGUCAUCUGUUAUCUUGAUGUUUGGCUUAAUCCACAUUACACAUCUCAGUUGCUUGUGUUAAAUCUUGACAUUACUUAUGAAAUAACUUUCAAAUCUUUCUAAACUUUCAUUCAACAAAGCAUUAGUUGUAAAGUGGGUGGGUGGGAGUAUUAAAUAUGUAGGGGGGGGGGUGGAUAGACUUCUAUUACACUAGUCAUUGAUAGGUUUUUGUUUUGUGUUCUUUAGACAAGUUAGGUCUUUGAACUAGAAAGUAGAGACAGCAAACCAAUAUAGACUUCUGAGAAAAAACAAACUUUGUCCAGUGAAAUAGAAUUUAUCUAUAAAAUUUGGGCCACUUGACUAGAAUAUGGCCCUUUGAAGGCCACUAACAGACUCUAGUUACGUUGGCAUGAUAACACCAAUGAUUGUAUAUAAUUUGGUGUAUAAAAUAAUUCUCAUUGAAAUAUUGUAAACUUUUAUUCUUGUAUCAUACAUUGAUUGAAUUUUCACUGUAGAAAUAUGUUUUACUGACUUUACAAUACAUUUUAAACUGAU